AUGUCUUCUGCAGUAGGACCAAAGGAGGAAUAUAUGUCACUUUUGACGUCCUGUCAACAUUUUGUGGAAUCAGAUAUUGAGGAGGAUGAAGAAAAGGAUACCAGAAACAUUUAUAAGGUUGUUAAUACAAAUUUGUAUGCAUUAACAAAAGAUGCUGGUGCUGUUGGUAGAAAGUGGCAAAAUAUAGACCAUAAAGAGCUUAUUAUCUAG